AGUCCCCACGCGCGGUUUUCGCUGCGAGGGUCUCUUUCCUCCUUUCCGCGGAAGAGGUUUCUUGGUCGGCGUUUCUUUCCCCUUAAUAUCCCUCGCCGCCCGCCUUGCACCUCAUCUGUUAUUUGCAAGAAACGUCUUUUUGACGCAGGAAGAAAUGGCAAAUUUGAAGUACGUCAUUAAUAUGGCGCCAAAAGAUUUUGUUAAGUAUAAGCUUAUUUUUUGUAAGGUUGCAGCAGCAGGCUAGUGUGUACGCCUGUGCAUAGCUCCGGGGAGGUGAAAGCGGCGCGGUGGGGGGGGGGGGCGCAGAGAGAGAGAGAGAGAGAGAGAGAGGAAAAAAGAGGGGGAGUGUGUAUAUAUGAGAAGGGGAGGAAGCAAAGAAAGUGUUGCAGCUCUGUGAUCUGUGUGUGCACUGCUGCCGCCGUUGUGUGCGCGCGCGAGGCUGAAGAUCAUUGCGAAAGUGACCUGAUCAGGCUUGUAGAGAGAGAGAGAGAGAAGGAGAGAGGGAGAAAAGGAGAGCGAGCCCGUGUAUGCAACCCGACCUCUUUCCAGCUGCCCAGGGCACAAGAGAAAAGAGAUGGGGACUCAGCGCAUCGGAGGGAGGUGAAGGCGAGGGAGGGGUGGUGGGUGAGCAGUGCGUUGGGGUGGGAGGCAACACAUGCCGAACACAAUCAGGGAUGGGACCCACGUUUGCUACUGCCGCCGCCGCCGCUGCUGCACCUGGACCUGCUGCUCGUCAGGGAGGAACAACAAACAAGAAAAUAAGAAAUUGAGGGAAGGGGGUGCGAGGGGGCGUGGGGGGAGGAAGAAGGUGGGGUGAAACCGCCAGCAUCACCCUAAUUUAUAUACUACUCCUUUGAAGAAGUCCCUUCUUCGCCAGCAGGGGAAAAGGGGGGUCGGAAGAGAAAAGAAGAAAAAGGGCAGUCGCAGGAUUUCGGGCAAUUGCAAAGAGAUCCGAAAAGAAGUCUGGAUUUAAAAAAGAAAUAGGAACACGCAGGGCUCGCUGGAUUUUGCACAGAGCGGCCAUCUCAGCUGGAAGCAAUUCUUUGGAAUUGAUUUUUUGUUGUUUUUGUUUUUAAUUUUGCAUCCAUGGAGUUACUUUGUAUCUACUCCUAAAAGAAGGGCAUCAUCUUCGGAUCCUACAAGGGGGAUGGUUUGCCCCCUGCGCAAUGGUGCCGGAUUAGUCUUUGCAAAGGGAGAUUCCAUGAGCGGUUACGUUUUUGGAGCAUCUCUCCCCACACCUCUCUGGUAACCCGAGGGACAGUCUCAACUCUUGGAGGACGCUCUUUCCCAGGCAAGAUGGAAGAGAAACGGCGAAAGUACUCGAUCAGCAGUGAUAACUCAGACACCACUGACAGUCAGACAACAUCAGCUUCAAGAUGCUCCAAAAUUCCAAAUACAAAAUCCGGUUGGUCAAGACAGAAGGAGAAGAAACCCUCAGAGGUUUUUCGUACCGAUCUGAUAACAGCUAUGAAAAUCCCAGAUUCUUACCAACUGAGCCCAGAUGAGUACUACAUCCUUGCUGAUCCCUGGAGGCAAGAGUGGGAGAAAGGUGUUCAGGUGCCAGCAAAUACAGAAACAAUCCCUGAACCAGUGGUUAGGAUCGUUCCUGUUCUAGAACAUUCAUCACCACAAACCUCACCAAGCAACCUGUCCAGCUCUGACAGUUUAGAUGUCACCAGGACAUACUCCCAAAGAGCAAGUCGCUAUGACCUGGAUGAAAUCGAUGCUUGCUGGCUGGAACUCUUCAACAUGGAGCUUAAGGAAAUGGAAAAGCCAGAAAUGGAUGAAUUCACCUUGGAAAGAGUACUGGAGGAGCUGGAGACGCUGUGCUAUGAGAACAUGAACGUUGCCAUCGAGACAGAAGAAGGUCUCGGCAUAGAGUACGAUGAGGAUGUCGUGUGUGACGUGUGCCGCUCGCCGGAAGGAGAGGAUGGCAACGAGAUGGUUUUCUGUGACAAAUGCAACGUCUGUGUGCACCAGGCUUGCUAUGGAAUCCUGAAAGUUCCCAUCGGAAACUGGCUUUGCCGAACCUGUGCCCUUGGAGUCCAGCCAAAGUGUUUACUCUGCCCAAAGAGAGGGGGAGCUCUGAAACCCACCCGGAGUGGGACAAAAUGGGUCCACGUUAGCUGUGCCUUAUGGAUACCUGAAGUUAGCAUUGGAUGUCCUGAAAAAAUGGAACCCAUUACGAAGAUAUCACAUAUCCCAGCAAGCAGAUGGGCUUUGUCAUGCAGUCUUUGCAAGGAGUGCACUGGAACAUGUAUUCAGUGUUCCAUGCCUUCCUGCAUCACAGCCUUCCACGUAACAUGCGCCUUUGAACGCAAUCUGGACAUGCGGACGCUUUUAGCAGAGAACGAUGAGGUGAAGUUCAAGUCCUUCUGUCUUGAGCACAGCAGCGGUGCCACUAAGCCACCAGACGAAGCACGGACGGAUGCAGAUCAAGGCAAGCUGGAUAUGGAAAAAGUAACGCUGAGGAAACAGAAGCUCCAACAGUUGGAGGAAGACUUCUAUGAUCUUGUGAAGCCCUCUGAAGUGGCUGAGAACCUUGACUUGACUGAGGGGCUAGUUGAUUUUGUCUAUCAGUACUGGAAGUUAAAGAGGAAAGCCAAUUACAACAAGCCUCUAAUGAUGCCCAAAACGGAUGAGGUGGACAACUUGGCUCAGCAAGAGCAAGAUGUGCUGUACCGACGCUUGAAGCUCUUCACACACCUCAGGCAAGAUCUUGAAAGGGUUAGGAAUCUCUGUUACAUGGUGACAAGGCGAGAGAAAAUGAAGCACUCCAUUUGCAAACUCCAGGAACAGAUCUUCCACCUUCAGAUGAAACUUAUUGAGAAGGACCUUUACCCAGAGCAAACUGGAAAGAAAACAAAGGGAAGAAGAAGUGACCCAAAAAGAAAAGGAAGAGAUGAUAGGAAAAGCAGCCCAGAGAAGAAAGAAAAGAGGAAAUCGGGGAAUGAGUUGGUGCUGGGGCAGCUGGGUUUGUCCACUUCCUUUCCCAUUGAUGGGACCUUCUUCAACAGCUGGCUGGCUCAAUCUGUACAGAUCACCACUGAGAACAUGGCAAUGAGCGAGUGGUCCUUGAACAAUGACCACCAUGAAGACACCACCCCAGGCCUUUCUGAGGAACUUCUGCAAGACGAAGAGACCUUGCUGAGUUUCAUGAUGGAUCAUUCCCUGAAGUCCCCGUUGAAGCACAGUGACACCGCAAAGAAAGCUAGGAGCAAAGUGCGAACGCACACAAAGAAGAAAGUGGCAAGGAACGGCUUGAGUACCAUCUUUAAGAGACAAGAGGACUCACAUCACUGGACUAACGUGAGCUCUUUGCCAGAUAGCACCACCAAGUCCUCACCCCAUGAUUUAAGAAACAGCAAAGCAGAGAAAGGUGGGGACAAACUUCAGCCAGAGCGCAAGAUGAUGUGCGAAGUGAAAAAGUCGGCUAAGAAGGGCUCUUCACACCCCACAACUCUUCCAAAAGCAAAUGAUUCACAUGCCUCCCAGAGCCUGAUAAGUAACCUGAGCAAUGAGAAGGAGGAACCACUGAAAUAUACUCCAUCUUCUGAUCCCAAACCCCUGGUUAAAGUGCCUGAUUCAGUAGGUAGUCCGAAAACAGUAGUGAGGUUCAGAUUACCAAAAGAAGGCAGAGGGACUCAGAGAUCCCAGAGCGAGAAGCCUGCUGAGCUGGUUAAUGGACCUUCAGGAAGUGAGAGGUCGAAAGUUAUCUUACACCCUUUUGACAAUGAGACUGAUGGCUACUUCUCAGAUGCAGAAAUGAGUGACUCUGACACAGAAUCUGGUAGUGGCAGAGGGCACCAUAGCCAAUUAGAUUCAGGAAAUGAGGAUAAUUUCAGAAUGAGCAUUUUGGCAUCCUAAUACGCCAGAUAGACCAAUUGUGACAGCUCUGUGAGCCCUAAAUCCAGUUACAACUGCCAUGUCUAAUUUCCACCUGGUAUCAUAACAGAGGGUUUUGUUUUUUGUUUCGUUUUUAAUUUGUAUAUAUAGUUUAAGAAAAAAGAACUGUUGUUUUUCCUCUUCUC